ACACCUACAGGCGUGGCUCCGGAUUCCACUUCCUCCUCACCCGCAUCAUAGUGUUUAAGUAACACAUCACCAGAAACUUGGGAGACUUUAGUAGUGGUUGUUACUUGAUGUAAAGGAGCACAUAGAAGGAUCUACUUCAGUAUUAUGGCAGAUAAAGGAUCUCUUCUGACCUCAGUCAUCAUUUUCUACUUGUCCAUCGGAGCCGCGAUAUUUCAGAUACUCGAGGAGCCGCAUUUAAAAGCAGCUCUGGACGAUUAUAAAAACCACACUGACCAUUUAUUACAGAAAUAUCCCUGCUUAGAAAAGGAUGAUUUGGACCUGAUAAUUGAGGUUGUGGCUGCUGCGGCUGGAAGAGGUGUGACUGUAACAGGAGAAAAAAAAAUCAACAACUGGAGUUGGGAGAACGCAGUCAUUUUUGCUGCCACAGUCAUCACUACUAUAGGUUAUGGCAAUGUUGCGCCGAAGACAACUGGAGGCCGUUUAUUCUGUAUCCUGUACGGGCUCUGUGGCAUUCCUCUUUGCCUCACCUGGAUAAGUGAAUUGGGUACAUUUUUUGGUGGCAGGGCAAAGCGCCUGAGUCAGGUGCUCCUCCACAGAAGCUUCACUGUGAAAAAAGUACAGUUCACCUGCACAGUUGUAUUCCUUUUAUGGGGUUUCCUGAUUCACCUGAUCUUCCCAGCCUUUGUAUUCAGUCACUUUGAGGACUGGACUUACUUAGAAGGCCUGUAUUUCUCUUUCACCACCUUGACGACUGUUGGUUUUGGUGACUAUGUAGCAGGUGUAAACCCAGAUAAAGAUUACCCAACUCUCUACAAAUUCAUUGUGCAGUUAUGGAUCUGCCUGGGUCUUGCCUGGUUGUCACUUUUCUUCAGCUGGAAUGUGCAUAUGGUGGUCGAGGCUCAUAAAGUCCUGAAGAAAAGAAGGCUGAGAAAACACAGGCUGUCCAUCGAUGAUAUACCGGUAAAAAAAGAAUUAAAAAAAGCCCCGAAGCCACCACCUCUCUCUGGCAUCAUUGAUAUCUUUGAGUUCAUGUCUGAGAAGGUUGAAGACUACAGCGAUGUUAUCCAAGCCAUCGGAACAGAUAAGAGAAGGAAGAAAAAGAAGCAGGAGGAGGAACUGGCACGGUCCAAGAGCUGUAGUGACCUAUUGCAUGGCCUGGUUAUCCCACUCGAUCACUCUCCUCGUCUGAAACGCCGCUUCAGCGUCAGCGCGAACAUGUGCAUGGUCACGUCUGGAGAGUCAACGGAUGGCCUCAACAACAACCAAGAGGAACAGACACUACUGAAAGAGCACCAAGAAGACAAUAAAAAUAAGAGCGAAGAGAAGCCUGGAUGUUAUGCAUGGGACUCCAGAAGAUCAGACCCAUCAGUCUUUCGAAGCCCUACCCUUACCACCAGCAACAGAGGAUCAAGAUUCUCAGUGUCAAAAGUAUCAGAAGACCAUUUGUUAAAGAGGAGAAAAAGCAUUGGCUGACAGUCUGAUCUACAAGAUCUAAAACCAAAAAUGUCCUAAAAAAAAUUCAGCACUGCUUUAAAUCAUGAUUUUUCAGAUGAAGGUCACUAUGGCUGAGCUGACACAAGGAGCAUGUGAAGAACUCCAAAGACAUUUCAAGACCAAAGAAUGUUGCUCUGAUAUGCAGACAGGCGCUUCCUCUACCUAAAUCAAGCUGCAAAAGUGUUCAUUGGUUUCAUGGCAGUAUUGAAAGACAUCCAGGUAUCACACAGGGUUGUGUAGCCAGUCUGUGACCAAGAUAAGGAUGUGAGAGUUGGCAGAGGAAAUGAAACCGAUUUCCUUCACAGAUGUUGGAAAGAUUGGGUGUGGUACUGUGGUUUUAACCAUGGGUUUUUCUCUGGAUUUGUUAUCAAAAUGACAGCUAGGAGAAAUCCUGGGAUAUGUUUGGAAUGGAAUACUAGCGUAUUGCUAACAGUGCCAUAUGAACUGAAUAAAGCACUAUUUUUAAAGUAGUCUUCCUGGUUACAUCUUAAGCUCCAGUAAAGGAGUUGGAAUAAUAAUGACAGUUUUCCAACCAGUUUCCCAAACACUUCCCCUGGAUUGGUCAGAUAACCAGAUUGUCCUGCCCCAAACUCACGCUAUUGGUUGAGCCGAUAUCGCUGUGUCGGGAUGCUGAAACUGAGCAAUGUUUUGAUACCAUCAGUGUUUUACACCAUCUUCAAUUUAAUAUUGUUGAUAUUGUGUGUGUAUAUGUGUCUAUAUCCAUAUAUAGCUGGAAUUCAAGGUAAUUUAAAAUAUAAAAUUACAUGCAUCACCUUUAAGUUGUACUGAACCUGGAACAUCCCUUUGAAAAUAGAUUGUGAAACAGUAUGAAAAUAAGGCUGUAAUGUUGGAACAUGACCUCUUGUAUCUAUAAAUCAUUGAGUUUUAAUCCAAAUGUUUUUUUUAUCCAAUUUGGUGCAAAACGUAGCAAAUUUUGACAGUUUGACCAAAUGACUAUUUAGAAAAGAGUUGGUGUUUCCAGUUUAUUUCCAGUCAAACUGGAAAUUAAUGGUUAAGUUGCAGAACACACUGCAUUGUAGGACUGCGCAUCCUACACAGUGUUGUUUUGUUGUUCUGAACAUUUUGGCAAAUGUCGUAGGUUGCAACAUGCCAAGGAGUAAUAUUGUAGAUUAUAUUCUGAGCAGAUCUUCUGUCUUGAAUGCUGUAAUAGUUCCGUGGCUGUUCUUAGGUUCAACUUGCACUUGGGAAGCAUUUUAAGCAUUGUCCUGCUGAGGAAGCACCUACUCAGGCUUCCAGAAAAUUGCUGCCUCUUGAAAGAUUUGUGGAGGAUGUAUUAUGGGAAGUAACUUAAUCUUACCACCUGAUUGAAGGACUUUGCCCUUUGUUUGACUCUUUGAUUUAUCAUUUGUAUAUUUUUUUGUACUAGGGUUUUGUUUUCAAUGCCACUUUUGCCAAUAAAAAGUAUUUUUUUUCACAGACUGUCUCUAUCU